AUGAGGAAGCCCAAGCUGCCCCGGGGAGGAGAGCUGGCAGCCAGCACCAAUGUGCAGUUGCAAGUGCGGGUCGUCCAGAACCAGCUGAUGCACGAGACGUGGAUUCAAGGAGGGCAGCCCUUUCAAGUGGCCCUUUUGCAUCAACAACAAUGGCUGCGGUCAGUCCAGCACCAGCAGGAUCCCAGCCAGAUCGACGGGGCUGCAUUGGCUCAAGCUUGGAGCGCCCGAAGAGAAGCUCCAGGACUGCAAAGCAUGGUACAACCACCACCAGGAAGGAUGCCAAGUGGACGAGGUAUGUCUACCAUGGAGUCUGGUCCAAACCAUCAUGGGAAUUUCCAAGGGGAUUCAAACUUUAACAGAAUGUGGCAACCAGGCUGA